AUAAUCGCAGCUCGGUCAGAGGCAGGUGGUGGUGGCUUGACCGACUUUUAAAGAAACCUUGGGGGGAGUUGGGCGGCAUCUUCAGUUAGACAUUGGACUCCGUCGAAGGCGAAGAGUCGGAAAAAAGAGCCGGAGGGUGCGACGCGAGGGAGACACGCUCGAUUAAUGAUAACGAUCGAUCGUCAAGAAAUUUUCCUCUGCUUUCUUCCUUUCUGCCUCCAUCACAGUGCACAGAACGAAAACGAAGAUGCGGCUGUCGAUGGUGGUCGAACUGUUGCUGAUUCUUCUUUUGGUCGCGUUCGCCGCUUAUGGCAGGGUGAUCGAGCGCGAUGGAAAAACGGAGGAGAGAUCAAUCGGGAAUGCGAGCGAGGAUAACCUUGGAAUAUCAACGCUGUCGUUGAAACAGGCGACCGACGACGUGAACAGAUAUUGCACCUGCAACGAGAACAUAUGUAAUUGUUGCAGAGACUUCCACAUACCUUUGGUGCAAUUACAAGGACCAGGAUGCGCGUCCCUGCAAUACAUACAAGGGGACAAUUUGGCCGUGCAACUUAGCUUCGGAGAUAACAUCUUAACCAGCACCAUCGUGAAUGGGAAAAAUCCGAAACCCGUUUGCGUCCCGUUACCAGGAGGAUUUACGAAAUUCUGCGGUAGAAUUUAUUCCAUUAAACGGGAUGCCAAGAAUCACUUCAAAGCCUGCCUUGGACUGGAGUUACAAUCGUCGACCGAACUCGAAGCUAGUUUACGCGUCAGCUGUUUCAGAUUUGGGCCGGACGGUCUCAAGUUACGUCCAGCGGAGCCGCUUCCCGUAGUGGAGACCGAGGUCCCGGAGGAAGACGACGACGACGAUUUCUUCGGCCUGGACUCGGACGAGGAUGAGGAAGACGACGACUCCGAGGAGGACACGCCGUUGGCCAACGCUGUCCCAGAUUCCUCCUCGGCGGAAGAGGACGAGGACGAGGACGAGGACGAGGACGUGCUCGGUUUCGGGGCACUUUUGGACAUCAUUACCGGCGAGGACGAAACAGCGACCAAGAGGCCGAAAGUAACCACCCCCGCGCCCCUCCUCCAAUUCACGAUCCCCAUUUUAACCAAGCCCACCGCUUCGCCUGUUUCUGUUAAUCCCAACGUCGGAGGUGACGUGGUCGCGAGCACCAACUCGGAAGAAUUCUCGAACGCGGAUGAAGAGAGCGUUGACGAAGCGGGUGACGGAUCCGUGGACACCGACACGACGAUUAAAGAGGCAACCGUGACGGAGCCCUCGAACAAGAUAGCGAAGCCGGAUAAGGCGCCGACCAAGAUAUUCGCGGUGUCGGAUACGAGUACGAAGAAGCCGAGCGUUACGAGUUCCAGCAUCAACGCGAUCGAGAACGAGGCGAACAAGAAGAGGAAACCUUUGAGGAAACCGGUGAAGGACGGCGAGGAGGACGAAGCCGAUGAUAUCUUAGGAGAUAGCUUGGACGACGAUGAUGACGACGACGACGACGAGGAUGAGGAGAUUUUGAGCGACGACGAGGACGAGGAUGAGAAGAACAGCGAAGAGGAGGAAGGCGAGAAGAACGAUGAGGACGAGGACGAGAAAGCUGAAAUCGAAGAUUUGGAUGAUGACGAUGACGAGGAAGAGGACGCGGUGAUCAGCGCGUUGGUUUACGACGAUAAAGAAGAUGGGAAGAAGAAAGGAAAGAAACAGGAUCAGUCGUCCGAAGCGGACGAUGAUGACUCGGAUUAUGGAUUGGGCCUAACCGGGCUUCUGGCUAGAAACAGACAUUCGAGAAAUAAUCGUCGGAGCAAAGAGAUGAGAUUUCCGAUGAUUGAAAAUUCCACUCUCGUCGUAGAGUCGUAGAAUAAUUAAAGAUUAUUGUGCGACGAUAUUUUUUACAAAAAAAAAGAAAAGAAAAACUUGUAAAAUAUUUAUUGACUUUUUGAGCAACGUUUAAUUACUUAACAUUUGUCGAACGUUUUGCUAUAAAUCAAUGAAAUCUCGUUGAUGACACGAAGUGUGUAUGGAGACUGAUGACAUUUUUCUUUCAUUUUUCUCCUCUUUAUCGAAUAUAUUAUUUAUUAUAUAUAUUAUCUAUAAAGCGUACAAAGAAUUAAACAGAUGAUUCAAAUAACGAUUAAGAUAAAUUUUUUUAUCUGAUGUAAAAAAAGUAUACGACAUAAAAAUAAACUUGAAAAGAUAUCUCAUCAAAUCUGAUAAACUAUUAUGAUAAAAUAUCAUAUAAAAAUAUAAAACGAAUCAUCUAUUAUCUCAGUUAGGAGGAUUGUGUAUAACAUAAGCCAUAUAGAUUUGUGCAAAUAAUAAAUCAUUUUUGCUACAUUUCCAAUAUUAAUUUCUAUCGAAAGUUUGAUGAUCAUCUCAAUUGAAUUUUAGUCUUUGAUCGUUGGACAUUUUUUUUUUUUUUUUUCCCCUCUUCCUUAAAAUCAUGUUAUUCAAAUUGUUCAACAUUCUCGUGAAAUUUUUAAUGAUACAGACUGUUUGUACCGCCAUGUACACGAAUGUAUCCCAACAAAAUUACCUUGAUAUCGAUCAGAUAGAAAUGAUUGAAAAUUUGCUGACGUUCUACGAUAUAAAAACUGGAAUUCCAUUGAAAGAAGAAUUGAUCGAUUUAAAGAAAGAUGGAUCGAUCUCUACGACCGUAUAUCGUCUGGAAUGCUUUCAUGAAUAUUACAGUUUCAGUUGUUGCAUAGGUAUCAAGUUUUUAUGGUUGAAGGGUCCAGUAUGUGUCACGGCAGGUCUUGAUCUUGAAAAUAUCGGUAUUUUUAUAAAAUUGACCUUAAAGCAAAAAUCGAUCUUCCACAAGAGUAUAUCUUUAAAAAAUCCCGAGUUCUGUAUAAAUAUUGGAUUUGGCAAAAUCCAUCUUAUCAAAUUUUGCAUUAAAAUACACGAUAUUUCUAUUUCCAAUCAUAAUCUGCAUUUUUGCAUCGACUUAAAAAUUAAAAUUUUGUUCAAAACUAAACAAAUUAAAUUCAAUUGCAUAAACAUUAAAACAAAGGGAAUUAAUUUGGAUAAUUUCGCACUGGAGCUUGAACGAUUUGAUCAGACAGAGCAACAAGUUAUCGAAUUCACCUACGACGAAGAGGAUUUGGAUCUAAAAGAUGAUCUCGAGGAUUGUAUCGAUUAUAUAUCAGCAUAUUUGAUUCCCGAAAAAGCACAAAAGACAAUUAGCGUUAAAAACUUAGAUAAGAUAAAAACUUUGUAAGAUAAAAAUUCAUUAUGUUCAUUAACGUCCAUCAAAUAGAAAAAAGAAAAAAAUACUAUAGAAGAUUUAGACGAAUUAGACUCCCUCGUUCAUUUCUUUUCUUUUUGAUUUCUAAAAAAUUAUCAAAUUGUUCGUCUGUAUAAUAAAAUAAAAGCAAUUGAUUGUUGAUUGAUCGAUUUAAGGAAUCACUCCAAAUAUAAGAUUAUUCAAAUAAAAUUUCUAUAUUACCAUA